AUGGCACACCUCUUUCCGCGACCUGAAGCCCUCAAGGGAACCAUGUACACUCCAAUGGAGACCAGCAUGUCCAAGCCGACGCCAUACCAAGCUCGGCCCGACCUCUUCGGCGUGUAUUCCGUUGUCGAAGACGCAAAGGACAAGGCACACAAGCUUGGCGCUGAAGCUACAAAGGAAUUUGAAAAGGCCAGCUCCGCUGCCCAGGCCAAGGCCGGCAAGAUUGAGCUGUAUUCCGGCAAGUAUUACGCUGCUUGCACCUUUGGCGGUCUCAUGGCCUGUGGCCUCACACACACGGCUGUAACGCCUCUUGAUUUCGUAAAAACCCGUCGUCAAGUCGACUCGAAACUGUACACCAGCAACUUCCAGGCUUGGAGUAAGAUUUACCGCGCCCAAGGGAUUCGCGGCAUCAUGACCGGCUGGAGCCCUACAUUUUUUGGGUACAGUGCACAGGGAUCCUUCAAGUACGGCUGGUAUGAAUAUUUCAAGAAGACGUACAGCGACAUUGCUGGCCCAGAAGCUGCGUACAAGUACAAAACUGGGCUUUACCUGGCCGCUUCUGCGUCCGCCGAGUUCCUCGCCGACAUUGCUCUUUGUCCUUUUGAAGCUGUCAAAGUGCGCAUGCAGGGCACCAUACCCAACCCUUAUACUGGCACCCUGCACGGCAUCAACACCAUUGUAGCCAAAGAAGGCUGGGCCGGCCUUUACAAGGGACUGUAUCCAUUGUGGGGACGUCAGAUUCCCUAUACCAUGAUGAAGUUUGCUUCGUUUGAGACUAUUGUUGAAAAGAUUUAUGACCGUCUCCCCGGACAAAAGAGCGACUAUGGCAAGGCUGCGCAAACCGGUGUUUCUUUCACCGCUGGAUACCUCGCUGGUAUUCUCUGUGCCAUUGUCUCCCACCCCGCCGAUGUCAUGGUCAGUAAAUUGAAUGCGUAUAGAAAACCUGGCGAGGCAUUUGGGACCGUCACACGCCGGAUCUACGGGGAAAUUGGAUUCGGAGGACUCUGGAACGGUCUCCCCGUCCGUAUCGUCAUGAUUGGCACUCUGACUGGUCUCCAGUGGAUGAUUUAUGAUUAUUUCAAGAUUUUCAUGGGCCUACCGACCACCGGUGGCCCUCCUCGACCUGAGGAGGAGAAAUAA